AUUCCGACAGCUAGAUAUCUCUCAUACCAGUAUAUGUCAAGGCAACAAUACAUGCUCUCUGGUGGAACUGGUCUUGAGUUUGGUGUAGUUUGGGGAUAUGCAUUAGCAGUCAAGUAUAUCUGCUCUAUGUAUUGUGAAGAGAUUUCCAGUUAGUGCACUCAUGGAUGAAUGUUGUUUUCUAACUCAUGAAACAAGAAAAACAUUUCUUUCUGAUGCCCCUGUAAUGUAUGACACACAACUAUACAUUAGUCAAGAUUGAUGAUACAAAUACUGGGAAGCAGUGAGAGUUCAUUUCUGACGUGAUAGUUGCAGUUCGGACUUUUGUCAAGUUUAAUAAGCCUACGGAUGUUUUAGAGAGGAUAUUGCUGAGUUGGAUUUGGAAUUUCUUUGUUCACAUCAAAAGUACUAGGAGGAAAUAUGGGAUGUCAUAUCCAGACUACAUGAAGACUAGACGCGAUACUCGAGCCAUGGCUAAGAAGAGACAGCAACCAAAGGAAGCGGCAUCUAGGAAGCAGCCUGUCAAGGUCACCAAACCCCUGACCAAGGACAUGGUGGUAGCUGCUAUUACUGCCCUCAAAGACAGCAAUGGUUCCUCCGCUCAAUCAAUAAAGAACUACAUCAAAACAAUAUAUGGUGACGUCAGCAAAUCAUCUUCCCUUGGCCUUAUCCUGAAGGCGGCUUCUCGAGAGGGCAAAAUUGAGCUUGUUGUAGCAAAGGGUGGACUCUUGAACUACAAACUUGCUGAGAAAAGCAAAAAGACCUUGAGAGCCAGAAGAGCUCCGAAGAAGGAACCUAAGGCUACCAGUGGCAAGACAGCUCCUGCUAAGAAACCAGUUAAGGAUCCCAAGAGACCUGACAGGAAAAUUACCAAGAAGGAUAUCACAAAGGUUUCUAAAGGAUUCACAACCUUGAAGGCAACAGAGUCCAAGAAGGCUUCUACCAAGAAAACAGUGCCAAAAAAGAAAGGUGCAAGAAAGCCGUCGAAAACAGCUACCAGGAAAAAAGAAGCCAAGAAUGCGUCUUCUGACAACGAGAAGAACCUCUUCUCAUCAUUCGUCCUCUGCGGACAUUACUUCCACCUUCCCAAGCUGCGACCGGGCGGGUCUUCGACACCUGCCACCAUGAUGCACACCAAGGCGAGGCAAGCCAUCUAUCCUAACUCAACGGUGGGAAGGUUAGCGGUACCAGAUGAUAAGGUUCCAUGGAAGGUUGAAUGGCCAGAGUACAACCCUGUUAGAUACACAGCAGCUAACGUCAAAGCCGCUCCUGUCUGGGCAGACCCUGAUAUCAUGCAAAAGGAUGGUCCAUCAUUAAAGUUUAACUGCACUGAUGGAAAGGUGAAUCGCCGUAGCUAUAUAGGAAAUUAUGAGUGUACCGAAGGAGUACCACGGAAUCCAUGUGGAAGAACAGGGAUGAUGGAGAGGGGUUUAUUAGGUAAAUGGGGACCAAACCAUGCAGCUGAUCCUAUAGUAACCAGGUGGAAAAGAGAUCCUUUAGGAAAGAAAGUACUGCACCCUACCUCAGGCAAACCCAUUCUUCAAUUCAUCUCAAUUAGGAGGAAAGACUCGGGAGAGUGGGCCAUUCCAGGGGGGAUGGUAGAUGCUGGAGAGAAAGUCUCGCAAACCUUGAAAAGAGAGUUUGGUGAAGAAGCCAUGAACUCAUUAGCACUGGAAGAUAAGGAUUGCAAAGCUGUAGAGAAAGCUGUAGCAAAUCUCUUCAAACAUGGUGUCGAGGUAUAUCGAGGCUACGUCGAUGACCCAAGAAACACAGACAAUGCCUGGAUGGAAACAAUGGCUGUCAAUUUCCAUGACGAUCAGGGAAACAGUGUUGCCAAGUUCUCACUUCACGCCGGCGACGAUGCUGCUGCCGUUCAAUGGCACGAUGUGGGAUCGGACAUGAAACUCUACGCUAGUCAUUCCUCAUUCAUUGAAAUGGUUACGAAGAGAAUAGGGGCCCACUGGUAAUAGACUAUGGUAGAUCAUCUAUGUUGAUUUUUUUUUUAAUGACGUGUAGAAGAUAGUCCAAGUGUUGUAUCAUUAAUGUAAAAUUGUAAUCUGUUUGUUUCAGAAAAUCACGUUCUUGAGGGUGUUUCACAAAGGGGAGAGUUAGACCUAAAAGAAGAUUAGAUAGAUGCUUGUGCUCACACCAUUGGUCAGAUUAUGCUCAGGGGGUCAUGUGCUCUGUUGUGUAGUCAUUGCCAUUGGUCAUUGAAUAUGUGCCUAUUGGCACUGAUGCAUGACUAACCUUGGUUUCACACGCAAUCCAUUCAUGAAUGUCUUUCACAAGUGAAACCUUACUAAGCAACUUGUUCAAGAUAGAUGCUGAUUUAAAUAGACAGCAAGCCUACUGCUCGUGUACACUCUGACAUAUUGUGCGUGGUCUUGGUCUGUCUGGUUAAUCAGGAAGAUACAUGUACUUUCGCAAACUUGAUAGCUCAUCUUCAUUUCAAAGAGAAGGCAUUUCCAAAUUCCAAUGUAUACAUGCGUACAUCUUAUGGCAGCCAUGCUUUUUCACUCUCACGGACAUUCUGCAGUAUUGAGAUACAGUUUUUGUUAAUUGAAACAGCAUUAGAUAUGUACAUGAAUAUAUACUUCACAAAUACUGUGUGACAAGUAUGUCUAUGUAUUUGUGAAGUACCGGUAUACUUAUUACAAGUAGAUUAUGAUAUUGAAAUAGAUUAUUCUCUGUAAUGUAAUCGCCUUCCAACUUAUUUGUCUAUGUGUAUGUAUAUAUGGGUGCAGUGAGAUAAGGAGGUAAGGACAAGUUUUAAAUACAGUAGUGUCAUGUGAAGUGUUGAUACAGAGUUUUUAAUGUACUGUUUUACGUCAAGUUGUACAGUUCUGAAGAUAUAGGGAAUUAUUUAAUUGUGCUUAGUAGGAAAUUACUGGCAAGGGGAAAUACAGGUUUAAUAGUUAAAUGAGAGAAGGUAUAUAAAUUCGGAAAUGAUAAUGACAAGGAUUUUAAUAAAAUGGGAAGAAUGGGGGAAAGAUAAUUAUAUCAGGUUGGUUUUAGAUAAAGCAGACAAAUGAAAGAAAUAUUUCAUUGAAGGUUUAGCAAAGCCAGAGAAAUUGUGGUUUCACAAUUUCAAUUUCAUAUCACAUGCAGGUAGCAUCCUAUGUAUUAUUGGCAUUUACUGAGAAAAUUGAAAGUGGUUAAUUUUCCAUGACUAAUCAAGCCUCUUGUCCAUUCAUGUAUGUUUCUCUAAUUGUCAACAUUUAUUAAAAUCAGCAUACCGGUAUAUCAUGAUGGACUUUCCCUUUGAUAUGAAUGAAUUAAUGUCAUCCUCAUUACAAUCAAAUACUUUUUAGGAGGGCAUUUUUGGGGUAUUGUUUUUUUUUUUAAUUAUUAUUAUUUAGUGUCACCUGAUGUGUAAAGCACGGCUUGGUACUUAACUGUUUGAUUCAUGUAUUGAUAUGGUUGAUUAUGUCCAAGUGGGGUAUAAAGCUCAUGACUUCAAACCUGAUGAAAGUCAUGUAAUAGUAAGAACUAUACAUGGAACCAUCAGAAUAGUCUCCUAGAAGGGGCAUAGUUGAAAAUUAUCACUAGCAGUAUUCAAGAUCGUAUUUGACGUUGGUUUAGGGGGUCCGUUUUGUUGUUGUAACGCGAGGGUGCUUGUGUUUGGAAAUGUUUAAGGGUCAUUUCUGUCUUAUAGUUUGUGUAUAAAGAGUAAUUGUGACAGAUAUACAGUGAAAUGGCGGUGAACAAGGACAUUGAAAUCUCACAUCUCUCUGUAGCAUUUAUUGAAGCAGGUUUUUAUUGAUGAAAAGAUACUGUUAAUUGAGUGCCAAAGUAGAUAUUAGAUAAGCACUUGUCACUUAAUUCAUGUAAAGCAAACCACUCUGUGUCAUUUCAUUAAUUUCUUCCAAAUAUGUAGAAUGUUGCAAGUCUUGAAUGACAGUUAGCAGAAGAACAAAAUAGUUGGUAAUUCGGUGUAUGAAUUCAACAUAUUUUGUUAGUUGGUUUCAUCUGUGAGUGUGUAUUAGGGAAAUUAAGUAGGCUACUAAUUUCCAUUUAUUUAUUCCACAUCUCUUUAAAAAUCUCAAAAACCUAUCUAGAAACAAUAUAUAUAAAGUAUAUACAUGACUACUGUAGAAAGUAUAGUGCAUACCAUAAACUAGGAGAGUUUGAAUUAAGGUUUGUUGAGGUAGUUUGUGCAACUUCCUCAAUUUCACGAGCUUGUUGCAAGAAAACCUUGGAAAUUGGUAAAAUAGACCAUGGAUGAUGUUUAUUUGUUUAUCAUUCCCAACCUGAAAGAUGUUCUUUAGACAAGGUAAUGAGCUUAAAAAGACUGAAACAGAAGUGUGAGAGAAAACUAUUAGGGUGAGCUAAUAUUUGCUAUGUACAGUGAAAAUAAAUCCUGUCUUAAUUUCUCUCAAGAUAUCUUGUAAAGGUCAAGGAUAGGGUUGUGAUGGGGGCUUUGUUGAAGAAAUAGAGUUAGGUUUGAGACAGACUUUUUAUUAGAACAUUUUCCAUCUUACCUUAUAGCUCCAAGGAGUGUUUCAUCAACAUUUUCGUCCUACAAGUUGUCAGAUCUGACAACUUUCCUUGAGUUUAAAAGACACUGUCACCAUGGUAACUGUCGGAUAAAACAGGACUUGGAUAAAACGUCCGACAAGUCCUUCAUGAAACACUCCCCUGAUUCUUGUCUUUCAAUCAGAAGGUUGUGGGAUCGAAUCCCUACCGUGGCAUGUUUUCCUUCCGCAAGAAAUUUACCCACAUUGUACUGGAAGUGGCAGCUCGAUCUAAAGCCAGGAUAAUAAUAGUAGUUUUGCCUCUCAUCAUUAUCAUUACAGAGGAUAUUUACUUCCUCCCAAUUUUCAGUCUUUUGUUGCAAUUUUGCUCUUGCAAGACAUGCAGAUUUAGUCAAAAUUAAAAACCAAAGAAGUUUCACCAUGGCCUAUCCUACUGUUCAAGCCUACAAUCAAAUCAAAUGAUUAUGGAGCACAAGUACCCUUUAAUAUAAGAUGAGCACUUUCUGGAUUAUGACAUCGAAUCCACAGGAUUCUUUUCCUUUAUUUCAUACAAUCACUCUCAAUCUGAAAUGUCUACUUCUGUAAAUCUGUUUAGAUGUGUAUUAGGAUAUAAUCAAAGUAGCAUAUAUUUGUAAGGACAUUUUCAGUGAUGUCUUGUGUAUUUUAAAGUGUCUUUUUAAAUUUUUUUUAUGUAUAUAAUCAUUUCUGCAUGACCUAUAUGGAGAGAAAAAGAAAUCUAAAAAGAUUUGUAAAGAAAUAAGAUUAGAAGUCUUAAUUAUUUUUUAUAUUCUGAAUUUUCAGUACUUUCACUUUUGAAUGUAAUUUUUACUACUGUGCUGAUGUUGAAAAUUCUAUUCAAUAUAAUGUGGUUUUAUGUUAAACAUAUCGUGUUGAUAUAUCUAAAAUUUGAAAAUCUCUUUAAAAAGUUGUAGUAUGAUAUAUACUAAACUUGAUUUUUAAAAGUUAUUUUCCUGCAUGUCAUUCAGUGUACCCUGGCCAACCUUAUCUAUAGACCAUACUUUUGUGGAUUGCCUGUUAAAAAUGCUCUCACCAACUACAGGUGAUUUUUAUUCUGCAGUGAAGAGUUUGAUGAUUAUUUAAUUUUGCUUAUUUAAGCACAGUCUAUUCAGUCAAUUUAUUGUUUUCCCAUAAGGCAUUGCAAAUAAAAACAUACUAUAUGAAAAUAAGAUAUGUAAAACAUGAAACAUUUUAAAAUGGAAUGAGAACAAAUUAAUGAAAUAAGUAAAAAAAAAUAAUUACCAACCGUUGCAUUGUCUUCAUUAUCAAUAUUGAAAAAGGAAGUUGAAACAUUGUAUUCCUUAAACAGGAAUUUAAAUUCUUAUUUAUUUUUGCACAUGAACACGGACUAACUUAUGGGGAAUAGCUUUGUUUGUUACAAGAAGUGAUAUUUAAUUGCUACAUUUAAGGAACUCCCAAUUGAUUAAUUGUAUUAUAUCACUGAUAGUCUCAAGAAGAGAUUUAAAAUAUCUUGAUCAUGUCUAUUGCAUUGUGUACCACUGUGUGUGUUGUAUGUCUGAUUUUAGAUCAGUGUAUGAUAGACACUGAUGGUAAACAGUAGAUUUUAUGUUUUCUGAUUAUUCUAAUAGAGAUGUAUUUAUAUGAUGUAUACAUUUAUCCAAUAUGUAUGUGUGUAACCUCCAAUAUCCCCUUUUUCAUUCUGUUUAUGUUGUGGUGUUGGUUUUAUUUUAUUUUUAUUUUUUUGGCAAUAGUUGUAUGUGUAGAUAAUACAUGAAAUGUUUGAUUGCAUUGGUUGUAUAUGAUUGUCAGGAACGAUAUACAAAUAUUGACAGUAAAUUAGAGAUUUAUGGACAUUUUCUGUUUCUCAUUCAAAGUGCACCUCACCAGUUCUUUGUCUCAUCCUAAUAUAUUAAACUGUGCUGCACACACGUAGGACUGUAAGCAAAACAGGGUGCCGACAUAAUGUGGGUAAUCUUAAUUCCUUAAAGGUAAUUGUUAAAUUGAUCACUGUAACUUCAUUCAUGCAAAUUUCUGAGAAUUCCUGAAAUGUCCUUAUUAAUAUUGUAGGCAUUUUGGUAACAUAUUCGUAUGGACAGGCUUCUGUGCCAUAAUUAUAGUGCAAAUGAAAGGCCACAAUUAAAAAAAAAGUUAUCAGUGAUGCUGAUAUUAUUCUGAAGCAUGGUUGUGUGCACAACUGCACAUCACAUGUAAAAGCAGCUAAAGCCUCAAAUCAUUACUGCUGUAAAUUUUAUGGGAUGGGAUUGUACAUACAGUAUUUAUCAAUUAUAGUGUAUGAUUUUGGCAAAAUAUGUUACUAUAUGUGGUCUUUUUCAUCUAAUAAAUACUUCAAUUUGUAUUGA